AUGAAGAAGUUGAAAGUUUACUUCUUAUUAAUAAUGAUGAUUGUCAUCACAUGUAAAUUAGUAUAAUAAAAUUAGUUUAAGAACAAAUAAAACUCGAAAGCUAAGUUUAGAUUCAGAAUCUAGAAAAAGUGAAUAUAUUAGAGUAGAGUAAUUUAGAUUGUGAUAAAGACUUGCUUAAAUUGUAACAAUCGUUACAUACUUGGAUGGAAAUAUUAAAAAAUAAAAACGAUUUAGAAGAUGAUAUGCAUAAUCUAUCAGCAUUAAAACUCGUUAUUACAAAUAUAAAAAAUAAUGAGAAUCCUGAAUUGCCAAGUAUAUAAUAAAAAUUAAUAGAGAAUUAUUGCAAUACAGAUAAUCUUAUGUAGAACUAGUAAAUUCAAUCAGUUUAAGUGAAGAAACAACAUUUACUAAAUGGAGAUAAGAAGGUCCAUAAAAGUUAAUUCAAUCAAUUAAUCUUAUUGAAUAAGCUUAGUCAUUUGAAGAUAUUCUACAAUACUGUACAUAAAUUGAUUAAAUGAUCAAUCUUCUUAUAAGUGAGAGAGAAGAGUUAAAACAAGAACUUACAACAUAAUAAGUAAGAAUAAUUGAAUAAAUUAUAGUUAGUUUUUGAUAAACUGGAAGAAAAGUCAAAAGAAGUUCAAAAAGCAAUAGAACAAUGUCAACAAUCUAAUAAAGAGCCUUAAACUAAGGUUGAAGCUGAGUAAAAAAUGGUUAUAGAAGAUAAUGGAACAAUACAUGAAUCAUCAGUUGAUCAAGAAAAACCAGUUUUUGAAAAUACAAUAGAAAAAGAAUAAGAGUUCACAGAAUAUGGAUAUGGAUAUUGGUUAAGAUUUUUGACACUCUAUCCAAAGAGACUAGAAAAUGGAAAGGAUGCUCCUUGGUAUUUUUUAAGUAGAUUGACAUCAAAUAAAAAUUAUUAAAAUAUAGCAAUGAAUGAUAGAUUAUUAGCUUUAUGGUUAGGUUAAGGAUUCUAUCAUUUUACUACAUGUGAUGAAGUUUAAAAUUAACCAAAUUUAAUUUAAAAUAUUAAUCACCAUGAUGAUAUUGAUGGAGAAUGGACAUAUAUUUAUUAUUCAUAUAAUUCUAUAUCUAAAUAAGCUGUUGGUUUAAUAUAAUUCGGAAGUGAAAAUCCACAAUAAAUUAUUCAUAAUGUGUUACAUACUAAAUCUAAAUAUUUAAGAUUUAUGGUUGGUGGAAAAGACAACAAUUAAUAUCCUGGAUUUAAUGGUUAAUUUUCAUCAAUUUUUUUAUCAACUAAUUAAGGUGUAUUUAUUCCUACUCUAGAUAAAUUUAUUGAUUUAUUUAAAACAGUAAAAAUACCAAAAUAAGAUUUUGAAUCAAUAUUUAGAGUUUAAUUAAUUGAUUAAGAAAUUAAUAGAAAUCCAUCCCUUGAAGGUGAUUAUAUGGCAAUAGGAGGUGGAUCAAAAAAAUUUCCACUUGAAUAUUCUAUUAGUGGUUGGUUUAAAUGGGAAGAGAUUACUUAAUAAUAAGUAUGGCAUUCAGUAUUUAGAGUUUAAAUCAAUAAACCAUCUACAGAUAAAUUUCUUGGAGAUAGAACAUUAUGUAUGUUUAUAGGAACAGCUUAAGGAGGAAUCUUCCAUUUUCCUACUUAUUCUUAUUAAAAUAUGAAAGGUGAAGGAACAUCUAAUUUAGUCAAUAAUAUUAAUCACAAAAAUAAACAUUUAGAUUGGUUUUUUGUAUAUUUUGGCUAUUCUAAAAAAUUAAAAAAAGCAUUUGUAUAAGUAAGAUUGUCUACAGGUAUUGAAACUUUAGAAUACACAAAUGUAAAUCACUACUAUACUCCUCAAUUUCAUACUUAUAUUGGAAAGGAUGAACAUUUCCCUGGAUUUAAUGGUAAAAUUGCUUAUGUGAAUUUUGUACUUGGAUCAGGAUCUUAUAGAAAUAAACCAGAUUUCAUUAUUAAAGAUGAUUUAUUUGGUUAUGAAGUUGGAAAUACAAAUCUUAUUAAAGAAGGUUAAAAAUAAAUUGAUUAAUAAGAAGACUGUGAAAAAAUAUAAGUAGAACCUAAAGAAGAUAAGCCAUCAUUUUUAGAUAAUGAAGACAGAGAGGUAUCUUUUGAAUCUGUUGAACCUGUUUUUGAAAAAGAAUUUGAAGAAUCCCCAUAAAUGUAUGGAUAUGGUUUUUGGAUCAGAUUUAUGCAUUUAUAUCCAAAACGACUUUAAUAAGGUAAGAAUGCUCCUUGGUAUUUCAUUUCUCGAUUAACAUCAAAUAAAAAAUAUGAUAAUGUUUAAAUGGGAGAUAGAUUAUUAGCAAUAUGGUUAGGAUAGUCAUUUUAUCAUUUUACUACAUGUGAUACACAAAAGAAUCAAGCUAACAUAAUAUAAAAUAUUGAUUAUCCUUAAGAUAUUGAAGGUAUUUGGACAUACAUUCAUUAUUCAUAUAGUAAAUAAAGUCAGAUAGCAAAUUCAUUUAUAAGAUAUUCAUAAUCUGAUAUUUAAUAUAGAAGUAUAAAUGCUUAACACCCUAAUAUAAAUUACUUAAAGUUCAUUUUUGGAGGGAAUGAUCAAAAUAGAUACCCAGGAUUUAAUGGAUUUAUUUCUAAAAUAAUGAUAACUAUAUCAAAAGAUAAUUUAUUAGAAACAAAAGAUCAAUUUAUAGAAUUUGUGUAAAAAUUAGAAGAACCAAAAGUUGGUUUAACUGAUUUAAUUACUAAUGAAAUUGUCUAAAGUGAAACAUAAAGAUUAGAGACUGAUGAUCCAAUAGAUAAAACUUUAAAUAAUCCUGAUUAGAGAUUUCCUUAAGAAUAUGCUAUUAGUGGUUGGUUUAAAUGGAUAGGAGCUUAGAAAUCACCCUGGCAUAAUAUUUUUAGAAUUUAAAUUUAAUCACCUUCUACAGAUAUUUAUUUGGGAGAUAGAACUCUUUGUAUGUGGCUUGGUUCUAUAGAAGGAGGAGUCUUACAUUUUCCAACUUAUACUUAUGAUGAUACCAAUAAUAAAGGAAAUCCAAAUUAUUAUCAAAAUAUUAAACACAAUUAAAAACAUUUAGAAUGGUUUUAUGUUUAUUUUGGAUAUUCAAGAACAACAAGAUAAGCAUAUGUUUAAGUAACUUGGCCGACUGAAACAUAGGAUUUAUUGUAUUAAAAUAUUAACCAUUAUGUUACUCCUACAUUUUAUAUUUUUAUUGGAAAAGAUAAAUUUUAUCCAGGUUUAUCAGGUAAGUUGGCUUAUGUGUACUUCAAUCUUGGUAAUGGAUCAUUUAAAACUAAAAAUGAAAUUUCAGAUACAGUGGAGUCAUAUUUGAAAGGUAGCCAAGUUAUAAAACCAUAAAUUCCAAUUACUUAAAAAAAAUAGUAAAAUCCUUCAUAAGAAAUCAAAUAACCUGAAUAACAACAACAAUAGAUAUAACCCACUAAUUAAACUAUUAAUAAACCUCAAUAAAUACCAGUUGUAGGACCAGUUCCUUUUGAAAAUGAUAAUACAGAUGAGAAUUAUUCAGAAACACCUGAAUUAAAACAAGCUGGAUAAAUUGAUGAAGCAGAAUAGCCUUAAUGUUAAGAAUAAAUUAAUGAUAAAGAAACUCCAACUGAUAAACCUAUUUAAAACUAAUCAGUUAUUAACAUUGAUAAUAAUUAAUCUUAAUAGGAAUCUUCUGAAUAAAAUACAACAAACUAAUAAUAAACAAUUAUAAAUUAAGAGUCCUAAUAAACUUAAGUUGAAUAAUAAAUUAACAAUAUUACUGAUCAAAAAUAAGUUAUAAAUGAAAAUACUUAAAAAAAUAGUUAAACAAUAAAUCAUAAUAUUGAAUAAAAAGAAACUAUUGAUAAAACAACCUAAUAAAUUAAUUCAACAAAUUAAAAUGAAUAAAUAACUGAGACAGUUAAUGUAAAAGAUGAUAAAAAUGAAAAGGUUUCAUAAACAACAUCAUAAAUAAAUUAAACAAAUGAAUAAACAUAAUAGUAAGUCACAUAAACAACUCAAUAAACUAAUAAUGAAAAAACUUAAAUUACAAAUAAGAUAACUGAAUAAUCAAAUGAUACAAUAUAAUAAAAUAAUCAAACUACCUAAAAAAUAAAUGAAACAACUUAAUAAACUAAUAAUAUUACAUAGUAAAAUACUCAAAAAAAAGAUGAAACGAUUUAAUAAAUAAAUUAAAAUACUUAAAUAACCAAUUAAACUACAGAAAUAAACAAUCAAAAAAUUUAAUCAUCAACUGAAACAACAACAUAAUAAACAGAUUAAUAGAUCUAAUAAACAAAAGAAACUAAUUAAACAACCAAUUAAAGUAAUGAGAAUAUAUAAUAAUCUAAUUAAAUAAAUGAAUAAAUAAAUAAAACAACCUAAUAAAUUAAUGAAACCUCAUAAUAAAUUAAUGAAAAAACCUAAUCUACUGAAUAAAUCAUUAAAGAGGUUAAUGAAACAACAGAAUAAUAAGAAAAAAAAGUAUAAGAAAAAAUCGAAUAAUAGACUAAAUAAGAAGAGAAAUCAUCAGAAGAUUAAGAAUAAAAGCAAUAGGAGCAAGUUGAUUUCAAAAUAAUUGAUCAUAAAAAUGAUGAUACUAAUGAUUAAUAAACAAUAGAUAUGCCAAUUUAAGAAGGUGAUUUAUGUGUAUAAAAUGAAGAGGAAGAACCAGACACAAUAUUAGAAGUUAAGAUAAUUCCUGGUUAAACAUAUGAAAAUGAAAUAUCAAAUGAUAAAGAAGGGAUAAAUCCAAUCGUAGAUUAGGGAAUUACUGUAGCAAAUAAUUACUAGGAAUAUGGUUAUGGUUUUUGGAUGAGAUACUUAACAUUUUAUCCGAAAGAAUUAAUAAAAGGAAAAGAUGCUCCUUGGUAUUUUAUAAGUAGAUUGAGUCGAAAUAAAAAUUAUGAAAAUAUGAAGAUGGGUGAUAGAGUAUUAGCUAUAUGGUAAGGAGCAGGAUAUUACCAUUUCACUACUUAUGAUAUUGAUGGUUUAAAACCUAAUGUGUUAUUGAAUGUUGAUUAUCCAAAUGAUAUUGAAGGAGUUUGGACAUACAUUUAUUAUUCAUAUAGUGCAGAAUAGGAAUAAGCUAUUGGACAUAUAAAAUAUGGAAAUUAAAAAUUUUAAACAAUAAAAUAGAAUGUGAAACAUGCUCCAUCUAUUUAUUUGAGAUUUAUAUUAGGAGGCAGCGAUUAAAAUAGAUAUCCAGCAUUUAAUGGAAUAUUUACAAAGAUUACUUUUGGUAUAAGAGUUGGAACAUUUCUUUAAUCAUCUGAAUAGCUAAUAAUGAAAUUAAAUAUUCUUGAUGUACCUCAUAAAAUCAUAGAGUAAGUGUAAAGUGUCAGAAUUAUAGAAAAUGCAGAAGUACGAACUUCUGAGAAUAUUUAUGAAUAUAAAGAAAUAAAAAAUAAGAAAGUAAAAUUUCCUACAGAAUAUGCAGUAAGUGGAUGGUUUAAGUGGUCUACAUUGAUGGAAAAAGAGUGGCAUAAUUUAUUUAGAAUCUAAAUUAGAAAGGAAUCUACUGAUAGUUUUUUGGGAGAUAGAACAUUAUCCUGUUGGUUAGGAAAAACUAGAGGAGGUGUAUAUCAAUUUCCAACUUACACAUAUACAAAUAUGAUUGGUAAUGGGAAUGCAAAUUUAUAUAAAAAUAUAAAUUUAAAUGAUAGACAUACUAGAUGGCAUUAUAUAUACUUUGGAUAUUCAAAGAUAAAGAGUUAGGCUAAUGUAUAUGUGAAAUGGUAGGAUGAUGAAGAUCAAUUACUUUAUGAGAAUGUGAAUCAUUAUUAUGUAAGGAAAUUAUAUGCAUAUAUUGGAAAGGAUAAGUUUUACUCAGGAUUAAAUGGUAAGUUAGCAUAUGUAGUUGUUAAUUUUGGAUUUGGAGCUUAUAAAAAUUAGAAGUAAUUUGAUGAAGAAAUCUUCAAUUUCAAUAUAGGAAUAUAGGAAUUGAUAAAAACUACAUAAGAUUUUCAAUUUUAACCAAUAAUAAAAUAAGAAAAGAUUGAGUCUAGUGGAUUUGAUUUAGAUUAACCUAGCUUUGAAUAAGUAGAAGAUGGUGAGAAACCAUUUACUUAAUAUGGUUAUGGAUUUUGGAUGAGAUUUUUGACACUUUAUCCAAAGAAAUUACAAAAUGGUAAAACAGCUCCUUGGUAUUUUAUUUCAAGAUUGACAUGGAACAAAAAUUAUAGUGAUUUAAAUAUGGGAGAUAGAGUUUUAGCAAUAUUCUUAGGAAAGGGAUUUUAUCAAUUUUCAACCUGUAAUUUAAUUUCAAAGAAUACAAAUUAAGAAUAGAGAGUGACUUACCCAGAUGAUAUUGAAGGAGUUUGGACAUUUGUUUAUUAUUCUUAUAAUAAAGAAUUAGGAAAAGCAGUAGGAUUUAUAAGAUUUGGAUAGGAUAAAUUUUAAUAGAUUUAACAUACAUAAAUAACACAUUAGGAUACUAAAUAUUUAAAAUUAAUUAUAGGUGGAACUGAUUAAAAAAGAUAUGCUGGAUUUAAUGGAUAAUUUAGUAAGAUUUCAUUCUCUUCUAAAGAUGGAUCAUAUGUAGAUCAGGAGAAGAUAUUGAAAUCUUAUACACUAGAAAGAAAAGUUUAAAAAGUUAUAACUAUGAAUGUUUUAGGAGAUUAAUAAUAGAGAAAAGGAGAUGAAGAAGGAGUGUUUGCUUAAAGUGAAAAAGUAGAUUUACCAACAGAGUAUGCUAUAAGUGGAUGGUUUAAAUGGUUAUUGAUAGAUAAAUAGGAACCAUAACAUAGCAUGUUUAAAGUGACAAUAAGAAAUCCUUCAGAUGAUUAAUUAGGAGAUAAUACUUUAGUUGGUUAUGUAGGUAUUAAAGAUCUUUAGUUUUCUACCUACACUUUUGAGAAUAUGGAAGGUAGUGGCAAUAAGAAUAUUUAGAGAAGUAUUGAACAUAAGAAUAGGCAUUAUAGAUGGUAUUUCAUUUAUUUUGGAUACUAAUAAGAAAAAUCAACUUGUCAUGUCCAUGUUUAAUGGUCUGAUGAAAUGCAGCAAUAGGGAUUUACUCAUAUUAACCAUUAUUUAACCAACCAAUUUUUUAUUUAUGUUGGAAAGGAACCCCUUUUGGCUGGAUUUAAUGGAUUGAUUACCUAAAUUAAAUUCAAUAUUGGUGAGGGAGCAUACAAAUAAACAACUGAUUAUAAGGAUAAAGAUAACAUUUUUGGUUUUGAUUUAUAAAGCAUAAACAAGGAAAUUAAAACAUUUGAUAUUAGUAAAUCUAAAGAGAAAAUUAUGAUGGACUCUAAUAGUGAUGAGGAAUCUAAUUAUAUGAAAGUAUUCAAUAAAGAUGAAUUGGAUGAAGUAUUUGAAUAUGGAUAUGGAUUUUGGUUAAGAUAUUUGAGGAAUUAUCCAAAAGUAUAAAUUGAUGGAUUAAAAACAGAAUGGAGUUUUAUUAGUAGAUUAACUAAGAAUGAUAUUUUAUAAGAUGUUACACUUGGUGAUAGAACUCUUGCUAUAUGGUUAGGUAAAGGAUUUUAUCAUUUUACAACAUAUAAUUAAUAGUUUGCUAAUAUUUUCAAUAAUGUUAAUCAUCCAGCAGAUAUUGAAGGUUUAUGGACAUUCAUUCAUUAUUCACAUAAUCUUAAUAAAGAAUAAAGUGUAUCCUUUAUUAAAUUUGGUAAUGAUAAACCAAUAAAAUCUGUUUAAUAGAGUAUUCAUUUAAUACCAAAUAUUUUGAAAUUCUAUUUAGGAGGUCGACACUUAAUAUAUAAAGGAUUUAAUGGUUAAAUUAGUGGAGCAUAUGUUAGUGUGAAUAAGGGUAUUUAUAUUGAGAAUGAUGAAAAGUUUGAAGAUUUGAUAAAAUCUACACCUUAACCUACAACAUAUAGAAUAGAAUUAAUAUAAAAUGUAUUAAUGGAUAAGAACACCAGAUUUGAGAUGAAUUCAGAAGCUAAACAAUUUGAAUAUGAAAAUUAAUAAUUUAGUGGAUAAUAUUCUUGGAGUGGUUGGUUCAAAUGGUCAAGUGUUAUUUAAAAUGCAUGGCAUUUAGCUGUUAGAUUAUCUACACUUGAAAAUUAUGAGAAUAAAAAUAGUUUAGGAGAUAGAACAUUAUGUCUAUGGAUUGGAUAAUAAGCAGGUGGAAUUCUAUAUUUUUCUACAUAUACUUAUACAGAUUUAUAUGGUUCAGGAAAUCCAAAUAGUGUUUAAAAUGUUCAAUAUAAGGAUGAUAUAGCAAAAUGGCAUUUUAUUUAUUUUGGAUAUUCGAGAGUAGAAUAAAUGGCUUAUGGUAAAGUAGAAUUUGGAUUUAGAAAAGAAGAAGUUAAUUUUAAAGAUCAUCAUCAUUAUUUACCAAACAAAUUCUUCUUGUCUGUAGGUAGAGACAAAUGGCAUGAUCCUUAUUUAGGUAAUAUUGCUUAUUUGAGAUUCUAAUCAGGAGAUGGAGCCUUUCAUCAAGGAGAAUUCAAAGAUGUUAAAGAUGAUUUAUUUGCUAAUAAAUUAGGAUCAAUGGAAUUAUUGAAAUCUAAAUUAAAAUUUGACAUUGACAAAGAUGCUAUUACUAAGAUGUUUUCAUCUCCAUAAGUAGAAUAAAAGGAACCAAUAUUUUCUAAGAUUUAUAACGAAGAGGAAUUGGAUAAUGUUUCUGAAUAUGGUUAUGGUUUUUGGUGUAGAUUUCUUACUAGAUAUCCAAGUUAAUUAAUUGAAGGAUUAAAAGCAGAUUGGUCUUUCAUAUCAAGAUUGACGAAAAAUUAAAAUAAAGGAGAUAUGAAUUAUGGUGAUAGAACAUUGGCUAUUUGGUUAGGAAAGGGAUUUUAUCAUUUUACAACAUAUUCUCAUAAAUUUGCAAAUGUAGUUCAUAAUAUUGAUCACCCAAUAGAUAUUGAAGGAUUGUGGACCUUUGUUUACUUUUCUCAUAAUCUAUAUAAGAAAGAAAGUGUAGCCAUGAUAAAAUUUGGAGAGGGUAAAGUAAUAAAGGGAGUAAUUCCAGCUAUUCAUUAGAGUCCAAUCUUUUUACAAUUAUUCAUAGGUGGAAACAACAUGAAUUAUGCUGCAUAUAAUGGAUAAUUUGCAGGCAUUAUAUUUUCAAUAGGAGAAGGAAUUUUCUUAUAAAAUGAAACAGAUUUAGAAAAAUUAUUGGAUAAAUUGAAAAAACCUAAUGAUUAUAGUCUCAAGUUGUCAACUAAAGAUAUUAUAGGAAAACCUAAACAAUCUUUUAUAGCUUAAGAAACAUUGUUUGAUGAUGUUCCAUUAGUUGGAUAAUAUUCUUGGAGUGGUUGGUUUAAAUGGAAAUAAAUGGGACAGUAAUUCCCUUGGUAUUUAAUGGUUAGAUUAGCAAUAAUUAAGAAUACAAGUGAUAUCAAAUUAUUGGGGGAUAGAACUUUGAUGGCUUUUAUGGGUCAAGGUUACAUUCAUUUUACAACCUAUACUUAUAAAAAUAUUUAUGGAGAAGGUACGCCAAAUAUUUGGUAAAAUAUAGAUCAUGAUGGAGAACACAUUUAAUGGCAUUUUGUGUAUUUUGGUUAUUCAAGAUAAUAGAGAUUGGCUUAUGGAAAAGUACAAUUUGAUGAUAGAGUUGAGUCUGUAUCAUUUAAGGAAACUAAUCAUUUUAUUCCAAAUAUAUUUGCAUUAACAAUAGGAAAAGAUAAGUGGUUCAAUUAGUAUAAUGGAGAUAUUGGAUAUUUUAAAUUUAAUGCAGGAGAAGGUUCAUUCUAGAUGGAUAAUCAUGAUAAAGUUUAGAAUGAUAUUUUUGGAUUCAAAAUUGGAAGACUUACAACCAUAAAUCCAAAUAAACCUACUCCAGAAGAAUUAAGAAAACAUGAAUAUUUUGAUAACUCUUAAGAUAGUGAUAGUGUUUAUACAUUUGAAAUAUCAAAAGAUAUUUACGAGGAAUCUUUAAAUUCUCAUGUUCCAGAAAUAAUAGGUGGAUAAGGAGAGAUUAUAAAAAGUGAUGAAUAAUUUGAGGAAGAGAAAAAAGCAAUUGAGAGAUAAGAAUAAGAGUUAAAAAAAGAAGCAGAGAAGUUUAAGAAUGAAAAAACAGUAGGAAUUGUAGAAAAUCAUUAUUAAUUUCCUGAUUAAGAUAAAUAAAGAGUAAUAUCAGAUGAACCAAUUGAUAUUGUAAAGCCACCUGAAGAAAAGGUAUAGAAAGAGGGAGAGUAAGUAAAAUAAUAAGAAUAGUAAUAAUAAUAGAAUAAAGAAGAAAAAUCAGAUUGGGAAGGAUUGAGAUUUUAUGGAUAUGGAUUUUAUCUAAGAUAUUUGACGAUGUAUCCUCUAUAAUUAAGAGACGGUAAGAUUGCUCCAUAUUAUUUUAUUUCAAGAUUAACUUGGAAUCCUUAACCUUAAGAUGUAGGUAUGGGAGAUAGAGUAUUAAGUAUCUUCUAAGGAUAAGGAUCAUAUAGUUUUCAUACAUUAGAUAAACCAUCAAAUAAUCCAAAUCUUAGAACAGUAAUUCCAUAUGCAGAUAUAGAGGGAGUUUGGACAUUUAUUUAUUUCAGUUAUUCUUCAGUAGAUAAGAAGGCUGUAGCAUUUAUAAAAUAUGAUGAUAAUGCUGAACUAUAAAGAAGAGAUAUUGUUUGUAAUCAUGGAGAAGUAGAGUAUUUAAAAUUAAUGAUUGGAGGAAAAUAAGGAAUUUAUUAAGGAUUUAAUGGUUAGAUUGCUAAUUAUGCAUUUAAAUAUGGAAAAGGAGCAUAUAUUAAUGAUUUUGAAUUGUAUAAGAGGGUUUUGUCUAAUAGAAUACCACAUCCUUUUGCUGAUGAUUAUAAAUUUAAAUAAACAAAUAUAAUUGAAGGUUCAGCAAGUUUUAAAGGAGAUGAUUAGACUGACAAUAUUAAAGAAAUAGAGAGUCAUUUUUAAAAUGAAUAUGCAAUAAGUGGAUGGUUAAGAUGGGAUUAACCCGUAGGAGCACCUUUCUUUGCAAUAUUUAGAUUAAGUGGAUUUAAAGUAGAAGAGAAUAAUGAUUCUAAAUUAGGAGAUAGAGAUAUGAUGCUAUUCAAACACACUUCUUACUAUUUAUUUUAAUCAUAUAAUUAUCAUAAUUUAAAUGGAGCAGGAGAUUUCGCAAUUAAUUGGUAAGUCAACCAUUAAGAAUGGGAUUAAUUUUGGCAUUUCUUUUAUAUUGGUUACAGAAGAGAAAAUAAAUAACUUUAUUAUUAUAUUUCUUUUAUUGAUGAUGAAUUUGAUUAAGUGCAUAAUAACAUUCGUCAUUAUAUAGUUCAUAAGCAUUAUCUCUAAUUUGGUAGAGAUUGUAGCAAAUUCUAUAGUAAAUUUAGAGGUUUCACAGGAUAAGCUACUUAAGUGAUGUUAAGUUAUGGUAAAGGAUCUUAUCAAACUAAACCAUUUAAUAAUGAUAUCUUUAUGUAUAUGAAAGGAGUUAAAGAACUAUUUUCAUCUUUAGAAUUAAUAACUAAAGAAAGUGAUAGAAAUAAAUUGUUAAUUGCAGAUUCUGGUAAAUAAGGUACUUUAAUGGAUCUAGAAAUAAAUGAUGGUACAGAUUACAAUAUUAGAGGAUUAAAUGAAUAUGGAUGGGCAUUAUGGUGUAGAUGGUCUAGAACAUUAAAUAAACCUAUCUAAUUUAAAGAUGCUUGGUACUCACUUGCAAGAAUUGCCAAUAGAAAAGGACAUUAAGAUUUAGCAGUUCCAGGUGAUAGAACAUUAGCAACUUGGUUAGGAUUGGGAUUCUAUCUAUUUAGCACAUAUUCUAGAGGAGUUUUAUAAUUGACUGAAUCUAUUCCCUAUGGUAGUAAUUUAGAAGGAUAAUGGAAUUUUAUAGUUUUUGUAUAUCGUAAAAAUGUUGCUAAGGCUAGUGUAUUAUUUGGACAAGAUUCAAACAUCAUUGAGAAAGAAUUUAAAGUUAAACACAAUUUAGUUAAAGAUUAUUUAAGAUUUAUUGUGGGUUCUGAAUUCAACUAUAAAUUCUUUAAUGGACAUUUAACCAAUAUUCAACUUAGAUUGGGUACUGGAGCAUAUUUAAGUAAAGAGGAAAUUUUAAUUAUUGCAAAUGGAGAAUUAGGAUUACCUUCAGAUUCAAAAUUUGAUUAAAGUAGAAAAACUAUAGAAAUUGUUAAGGAAAGAAUUUCUAAUGCUGGAUAAGGUAGAGAAUUUGAUAUAAAAGAAGAAAUUGCUUAAGGAAAAUUAGAAUAUUCUAUUUCUGGAUGGGCUAAAUGGGUAGAUAUUCCAUCCAUAUAACCAUGGUAUGUAUUAUAUCGUGUAACUUAUUAUGAUUAUAAUGAAUUAUUGAAUAUGCAAAUACCAGGAUCAAGAAUAUUUUCAUGUCAUAAAGGUUAUGGAUUCUAUCAUUUUAAUACAUAUACUGUAGAUUAAGAGAAUGGAGGAGCUUGGUAAAUAGUGAAGAAUGUUGAUUAUGAUUAAACAUUACACAAAAAUUGGGUAUAUUUCUAUUAAGGAUAUUCUCAUUAGAAAUAGUAAGUACAUCUUUAUGUAAAAUAUCCAGGAUAAGAAGAACAUUUCACUUAUACUAAAAUUAAUCAUUUUAUAGCAUAAAGAUUUAAGAUUCAUUUCCUUUUAGAUAGGUGGAAUCCCGGUUUUAAUGGAUUUAUUGAAAGUUGGUAUUUUAACGUUGGUUCAGGAUCGUAUAAAGAAAAUGGAUUUGGUAUAGGUGAAAAUGAAGAAACAACAUUUGGUUUUGGAUUACAUAAACCAGCUUAACCUAAGAAUUGGUAAUUUGAUGAUAAUUAUGCUUGUGGAUUUACACAAUAAAAUGUAGGUUAAGAAAUAGAAUAUAAAGAUGAUCUAUAAAUAGAUGGAUUAAUGGAAUAUGGAUAUGGUAUGUGGACUAGAUUUGCAUGGAAUACUCCUAUUAAAAUGAUUAAUAAACCAGCAUGGAUGGCAUUAUCAAGAUUAACAGUAAAUCCAAAUUAUUAAGGGGAUGCUGCAUUAUUAGGAGAUAGAGCUUUGGCUAUAUGGAUUGGACCUGGAUUUUAUCAAUUUACAACAUCCACAAGAGGAAACUUUAAUGUUAUUAAUAAUGUAGAAUAUGAUUAAAUGUUAGAUGGAUAAUGGAAUUAUAUUUGGUUUGGAUAUAAACGAAUAAAUGAUAAAUAAGGUAGUGCUAUAGGAUAUGUAGUAUUUGAUGGUUAAUCAAUCAGAAAAACUAAUUUUGGAAAUAUUAUUUAAUAACCAUUAAAUGAUUAUUUGUAUUUAGCUGUUGGAAGCUCAGGUAGAUACUUUUUAGAUAGAUAUCAUUAAUUUAAUGGUCAUAUUUAAAAAGUUUCAUUAGUAUUAGGAUCUGGAGGUUUCUUUGAAAAUUAAGAUUAAUUAAGAAAGCAAUUACCAGCUAAACCAGAAUUUCUUAGAAAUCAAAAAUUAUUUUCUAAAAUUGUUGUCGAUGAUGUUAAAAUACUUAAAAGAGAAGAAUGGGUACCAUCACCAGUUGAAUUUAUAGAUGAAUUUGAUGGUGCUUAUGAAUAUUCAGUCUCAUUAUGGUUUAAAUGGACUAAAAUAUAUAGAGUAGCAUGGGAAAAUGUAUUCUCUGUCUCUUAUAAUGAAUAAAAUAUUAGGGCAAAUCAUGCUAAACCUGGUGAUAGAGUUUUAUCCAUGUUUUAAUAUGCUGAUCAUCGAAUAUUCUUUAGUACAUAUACAACUCCUAACAAUCAUGAUUAGUUUGCUCAUUUAUAUACUGAAUGUCCUGUAGAUAUUCCAUCUUAAUCUGAAUGGGUUUAUGGGUAUUAUGGUUAUAGUAGAAAUUAGAAUAAGGUGAUUUCAUAUUUGCAAACAAAAACAUAGAAAUGUUUAAAAGCCUUAUCAUGUAUGCAUAGAGUACCUAAAUACAUGGGAUUAUAUGUAGGUAAGGAUGGCAUUCAUACACCAUACAAUGGUAAAUUCAGCAAAUUAUACUUUAUGGGACAUUUAGGAUCAUAUAUUGAAGGAAAUUUCUAAUCUUUUGAACCUUUUGCAGCUGGAGGUAUAUCUAUAACAAAACCUGCCUAUUUUUGGAGUGAUUAAAAGGAAAGAUUUGAAAUUGCUUAUGAUUAAAAUAAAGUAUUUGAAUUAAAGCCAGAAGAGGUUGAUGAAUAAACUUCUUAUAGCAUAGGCAUGUGGACCAAGUUUUAUACAGCAAUUCCAAAAAGACUCCUUUAAAAACCAGAUUGGUUACAUAUUGCUAGAUUAACUAUAAAUCCAAAUCAUAAAAAUUAUGAAAACAUUGGUGAUAGAACAUUAGCUAUCUUUAUUGGAAGAUAAUAUUAUGGAUUCUUUACUUAUAAUGCGGUUAAUAAUAAUCCAAAUAUUGUUCAAAAUAUUAGAUAUGAUGAUAAUUUGGAAGGAGAAUGGAAUUUUAUCUAUUUUUCAUAUUCUUCUGAAUUGUAAUUAGCAUCUGGUUUUGUGAUGUUUAGUAAACUUAAUAAGAUCUAAAGAAUUUAAUUCAGGGAUAUUCAACAUAAACCUAUAGAUAAUUAUGCAAAAUUAGUGAUAGGAAAUGAGUUUACAUAUUAAGGAUUUAAUGGAUUGAUUGCAAAUUUAUAAUUAGGAUUUGGUAAAAGAUAUUAUGUACAUGAUUCAGAUGCACUUAAUAAGAUGAUAUUGGAAUUCUACAAACCUCCAGUAGAUGAUGGAGAUGAUAAUAGAAAAAUGAAUAUUGUGGAAGAGAUAAAAGAGAGAGCAUUUAAUAAUGGACCUGAUUAUAAGGAAAUCUUAGAUUAGAAAGGAACCGGAGAAUAUGCUAUGUAUGGAUGGUUUAGAUAUACAAGUACAUAAUUAAAGAGUUCAAAUAAUUGUAUAAUGAGAUUAACUAAUAAUGAAUAAGGAUAUAGAGGUGAAAUAAGUAGAGUAGGAGAUAGAACAUUAUUAGUAAUGUUAUAACCAGGGGAAUAUGUAUUUGCAACUUAUUCAUUAGGUAAUAUUGAUAAUGGAUUGGUUGUAAAUAUAAGAAAACCAACUCCAUAUAAAAGUAAUCUAGGAUUAUGGACUUAUAUUUACUUUGGUUAUCAUUUUUAAAAAAGAAAGGCUUCAGGUAUAAUUAAAUAUCCAAGUGGUUAUGCUUUAGUUCCAUAUGAUAAUGUUUUACAUAUGGUUCCAAACUAUUUAUUAUUCUUUUUUGGAGGAGAUGGAAUGCUUGGAGGAUGGCAUGGUUAAAUGCAAAAAGUUAAUUUAUUAUUUGGGAAAGGAUCUUUUGUAGAUUCAACAAAAGGAAAUUUUGAAGAAAAAUUACCAAAUCUUUAAGGAGUGGAAUCUAAACCAUUAAUUUGGGAUGGAAUUGAUAAUAAAAUUAUCGAAGUACCAUUAGUAGAUAAACCAGCAUUAGAUAUUGUAUUUAAUAAGGAUGUAAAUGGAUUCACUGAGUACGGUUAUGGAUUAUGGACUAGAUGGUUAACUACUAUUCCAUCAAGAAUUAUAGAAAAGGCUCCAUUUCACUAAUUAAUUAGAUUAACUAGUACAGAAUAAUAUGAUGAUGCUACUUAAUUAGGUAAUAGAGUUCUAGCCAUUUGGGUUGGUAAGGGAUAUUAUCACUUUACAACAUACAAUAAGAUAGGAAAUAAGAUAUCCACUUCUUAAAAUAUAAAUUAUGAUGAUAACUUAGAGGGAGAAUGGAAUUACAUCUAUUUCUCAUUCACAAAUAAGUAAUAAGCAAGAGCUGUAGGAUUUGUAUAUUAUAGUGAAUAAUCAGGAACAGCAAUUUCUCGAAUUGAGUUUCUUAAUUUGGAACAUGUGCCUAUCAAUGGAUAUGCUAGAGUUGUUGUUGCAAACAAAGAGUUUGGAUAUUAAUCAUUUAAUGGAAUGAUUGCAGAUUUACAAAUUCAUUUAGGAAAUGGAUUUAUAGGUUCCAGAGAGUAAUUAAUUAAAGAAAUUCUUCAACUCAAUCCUAAACCACCUAUGGAUAUUAAAUCUAAAAUGGAUGUUAAUCUCAUAAAAGAAUAAGUUAUUAUUAAACCAGAAGAAAAGAAAGACUUUAAAUAUAAAUAUGAAGAAUAUAAAGGAGUAAAUGAAUAUGCUGUAUCUGGUUGGCUUCAAUCUAAAGUUAUGGGUCUGACUGAAGCAUAUAAAAAUGUAUUCAGAUUAACUAUCAAUCCACCUGAUUUCUAAAGAGACAAACAAUAUGCAGGAGAUCGAACCCUUUCCUUAUUCUAAAGUAAAACUAAACUUGCAUUUUCAACUUAUACAUAUGGAAACUUAGAUACAUAAGGAGAUGAUAGUAAUGAAUUUAAUCGAAUAAUUAAUUCAGAUAAAAGUAAUGGAGAGUGGGUCUUUGUAUACUUUGGAUAUUAAUUCAAAUCAAAAUAAGCAUUUGCAUUUACACUUUUUUUGAAUCACUAAGAUAGUGCACAAUUUAAUAAUAUAAAACACUUUGUUCCUAAUUAAUUCUUUUUCUAUUUGAGUAAUGAUGGAUAUUAUCCAAUAUUUGAUGGUAGUUUAUUUGAUUGGAAUCUUUAUUUUGGAGAUGGAGCAUACUCUAAGAAACCAAGAUAGAUAAUUAAUCAAUGGCCUGUUGAACCUAUAGAUGAAUUUGAAGGAGUCAUUUCAGCACUUUUAUCAAAUAAAGGAUUAAACUCUAUGAAAGUAAUAAGACCUGAGAAAAAAGAAGACGAAGAAAUAGUGUUUAAGAAUAACUUCCCUAAAUCCGGAACUAUUACUGGAAACCCAAUUCCUCGUUCUGGUCAAACAUAAGUUGAUGCUAAAGAUCCAAAAUCAGGAGCUAUAUCUGUUGUUAAAUAACCUCAAUCAGGUUAAUUUAAUAAUUAGCAACAACAAUAAUAAUAAUAAUAAUAAUAAUAACAAUAAUAAUAAUAGGCUAGAAAACCAUUAUAAGAAUAAUAAUAAUAAUAAUAAUAAGCUAGAAAACCAUUAUCUGGAAUAGCAGAUUCUAAGUGA